AUGGUUGACCGUCCCUCUACGAAGAAGGGUGGUGACAGCCGAGUCACCAACGCUUCCAGACACUCCAGGAAGCGAAGGUUGUCGACGUCAGACCGAGAUAGAGGCAAAUCCGCUUCUACCGCCAAACGCCCGAGGACAGGGUCUCUACAGGACCCUGUGCAGACCAAAGAGGGAGAAGGCAGGGUUUCGGCGACCCUGAAGCCCGCAGUGAGGCCGCAGGUGGUGCAGCCAGCGCGACCGCGCUGUCUCGCUGACGGGUUCUCAGAGGGGCGUCUGGUGAUAGAAAAGCGUGAGCGUCACCGAAAGAAGGAAGGGGGUUUCACCUUCCAGGUGAUGAGGCCCACACAAGGGCCAUAG